CUUGGGUUCUCCCCCCACCGCCCCAGCUGGGCCUGGUGACUCGCCUGUCCGAGCCUCGGCUUCCUCCUGCUCUGGAACUGCAGUUAGAAGGGGAAGAUAAAAGACUGUUUGAUUCAUGAAGAAUCUGGUUACUAAGAAGUGCCUAUCAAGCCACUGGUUGAAUUUCUAUGAAAAAGUGAUUAAGCAGAGAAUGGAGAGGAAGGUUGAUUCCAGGUCUUUUAGGGAUGGUGCUGUUAAGAAACCAAAGAUACUGUCCAGCAAGAAGCCUCCUGCCUUCUCUGGGAUCCGGAGAGAGGUACCUAGCGCUGGUCUUCCAGUGCAAUAUCAUGCCUCGCAUACUUGGACCCGACAGGGCCGCUUAAAAGAAUUGCGUAUCAGAUGCGUGGCCAGAAAGUUCUUGUAUUUGUGGAUUCGAAUGACUUUCGGAAGAGUAUUUCCCUCCAAAGCCAGGUUUUACUAUGAGCAGCGAAUAUUACAGAAGGUCUUUGAUGAAUGGAAAGAAGAGUGGUGGGUUUCCCAUCAUGAGUGGAAACUCUGUGUUCGAGCCGACUGUCAUUAUAGAUAUUACUUGUACAACCUAAUGUUCCAGACCUGGAAGACCUAUGUGCGUCAGCAGCAGGAGAUGAGGAACGAGUACAUGAGAGCUGAGAGUCAUGAUUCAAAGCAAAAGAUGCGACAGGCCUGGAAGUCCUGGUUGAUCUACGUGGUUGUUCGUAGGACCAAGCUUCAGAUGCAGACCACCGCUCUGGAGUUCAGGCAGCGGAGUAUCUUACGGGUGUGGUGGAGCGAGUGGAUGCAGCGACUAGGACAGGUCCGUGUAAGCCGUGCCCUCCAUGCCUCUGCUAUGAAGCACAGGGCCCUGAGCCUCCAGCUGCAGCUUUUCUCUGGAUCUCAGGCCUGGUCACGGUGGCGGGAACAGUUCCUGCAUGGCCAGAGGGAGAAAGAGAAGAUGGUCUCUGCAGUGAGACACCGUCAGCACUGGCAAAAGCGGAGAUUCCUGAAGGCCUGGCUUGAAUACUUGCAAAUCCGCAGGAUGAAGAGACAGCAGAAUGAGAUGGCUGAGCGAUUCCAUCGUGUCACUGUGCUCCAGAUACACUUCUGUGAUUGGCAGUGGGCCUGGGAGUGGAGGGAGAGCUUGUACGCCCAGCGUGCCCGGGUGGAGGAGCUGGCCAGGAGGAUGGCGCUGCGGCGGGCCUUCGUGCACUGGAAACACUACAUGCUGCUGCGUGCAGAAGAAGCUGCCCAGUGUGAGAUGGCAGAGGAGCACCGCAGGCACAGACUGCUGUAUGUUUGCUUUAGAACCCUAAAAGACAACGUGACCCGGGCCCAUCUCCAUCGAAUAAGAAGGAAUCUCGCUUACCAGCAGCAUGAUGUCACGCUGCUGCGCAGGUUCUGGAACCUCUGGCAGUCUCGAAUUGAGCAGAGAGAGGACAAAGAGCAUCUCCCCUUACUGCGUGCUGCCUGGGACCACUACAGGACAACAUUGCUAUGCAAGUGUAUCAAAUUGUGGUUACAGUAUACUCAGAAGCAGCGAAACCAGCAGUUGCUGCAGGCCAGAGCAGACAGUCAUUUCCAGCAGAGAGCCCUGCCCGCUGCCUUCCACGCGUGGUGUAGACUCUGGAGAUGGCGCCGGCAGGAAAGUGUCCUCCGUGCACGAGCAACACGGUUUCACAGGGAGAUGUUAGAGAAGCAAGUAUUUGCUAUCUGGUGGCAGAAGAUGUUUGUGCAUCAGGAAGACCGCUUGGCGGAGAGAAUGGCCAUCCUUCAUGCAGAGCGGCAGCUUCUGCGUAGGUCGUGGUCCACGUGGUGCCAGCAGGCAGCAGCACGUCACCAGGAGCGGGAGCGGCAAAGAGUGGCCUGUGCCCACCACUGCCACAGGAGGCUCAGGAAGGCCUUCUGCAUCUGGAGGGAAGGUGCCCAAGGGCUCAGAACAGAGAGGAUGUGCAGUGCGCAGGCGGCAGAGUUCCGCUCGGCACGGCUCCUGCAUUGGGCCUGGACCCGGUGGAGGGAGUGCCUGGCCCUGCGGGGAGCCGAGCGACAGAAGCUGGUGCUAGCAGCCCUGCAUCGCCAGCACCGCUUGCUGCACAGGGCGCUGCAGACCUGGGUGGGAGAAGUGUGGGCCCAGGGGCAGCCUCCAGUCCUCCUCGUCCCCCGCAGACGUACCAGGGCAGGGUGCGGAGUGUCCUACGGGAGGUGGCGGCCAGGGAGAGCCAGCACAACAGGCAGCUGCUGCGGGGUGUGUUGCGUCGCUGGCGGGAGAACACUGUGGCCCGUGUGGAUGAAGCCAGGAAAACCUCCCAAGCACGUGCUCACUACAGAAGGACCCUGUGUGCCAAGGUCCUGGUCCGGUGGCGGGAAACUGCAUCGGUGCAGAUUUAUUACCGGCAGCAGGAGGACUGCGCCGUCAGGGAGGCCCGGAAGGUGCUGGACAGGGGCCGUCUCCGGACCUGGUUUCGGCGCUGGCGGGACGGCAGCCGGAGGGCGGCGCGGCAGAGAGUCCGGCUGGAGAGGGCGGCGCGGCGCCACCGCCGGCAGCUGCUGCUGGGGGCCGUGGCCCGAUGGAAGGCGCACCACCUGGGCUCCUGCAGCGCCAGGGCACCCGGCUCCUGGCACAGAGACUCUGCGGGGCCUGCUUCCACCAGUGGAGACAGCAGCUGGCGGCCCGGCGGCGGGAGCAGCAGGCUACGGCGCGCGCCCUGUGGUUCUGGGCCUUCUCGCUGCAGGCAAAGGUACCGGGCUCUGCAUCUCGCUGCGAGUGCGGGGUGGGCCGUGGGCAGAGGCCCUGGGGGAGCCCAGGCAGGCCGGCCCGGCUCACUCCUGCGUCCCCAAGGCGUGGGCCGCGUGGCUGGGCUUCGUGCAGGAGAGGAGGAGGAAGGCGGCGCGGCUGGAGCGGGCGGUGCAGGCCUACCACCGGCAGCUGCUCGCCGAGGGCGCCGCACGCCUCCUGCGCUUCUCCGCGGGCAUGAAGGCCUCCCGGCAGCAGCUGCAGGCCCGGCAGCAGGUCCAGGCAGCCCACAAGCUCCACCGAGCCGUCCGCCACUGCGCCACGCUCUGGAAGCAGAAGGUGCUGGGCUGCGGCAGGGAGCCUCAGCCCCCAGCACCCGUCGCAGCCAGCAGGAGAGUGACGUUUGAGGGGCCCCUUCUCGACCAAGCUGGGGCUGGGGCUGGGGACGCCACCCGGGAGACCAAGAGGCCACAAGCUCCUCAGCCUCAGGGAGCCCUGGGCAGCCUGGCCCUCGCCACUGGGGAGCCGCACCUCCGGGAGCUCAGUGCUGCCCGCUCAGCGAGGAAGCAGCCGCGACGCCCACUCUUUCUGCUGGAGCCCGUGCAGAGCCAGUGGUCCCUGGGGUGUGGCACCCUCCAGAGGCAGGGGCCUGAAAAGCUGCAGGAGUGUGGGCUGAGCACGACCCGACCAGCGGGCCCUUCCCUGAUGAGGGCCGCCCUGGCAGAGGCCCCAAAAGCACCGGUCCCCAGCAGCCUCCUGCCUGGGGCCCUGUCUGGUGCGCCUUGCCCAGAGCUGCCCCCCACGGCAAGAACAGGCCCGGAGCUGCUGCUGCUGCCUCCUUCCUCCUUCAUGCCCCGUGGGGCGGAAGCACCAGCCAGGGUGUCAGCUCUGCCGACCACCCCCAAGCCGAAGCCCCAGGCCCCCCCAUCCCCGGCCCGUCUCCCUGACCCCCGUCUGCUCCUCCCUGGGGACUUCACGGACACCAGGGCUGGGCCUGGCUCUGAAACUGCAGGCCGUGUGGAGCUUGAGGCCGAGCUUGAGGGGAUCCAGCAGCAGUUACAGCACUACCAGGCCACCAAGCAGAACCUCAGGUCCUGCCAGCGGCAAGCGAGUAGCCUGCGCAGGUGGCUGGAGCUGAGCCGAGAGGAGCCCAGGCCUGAGGACCGGGAAAUGGAGCUGCAGGUGCAGCAGGAGCUCGAGGAGGUGGAGCUGCAGAUCCAGCAGCUGGCCGAGGAGCUCCAGGCGCAGCGACAGCCCAUCGGCGCCUGUGUCACCCGCAUCCAGGCCCUGCGGCGCAGCCUGUGCUAGUGCCACCCUGUGCUAGUGCGUUUGCCCAGGGGGACAGGAGCUGGGCUUCGGGGGAAGCCUCGGGCCACCUCCAGGAACAGAAUGCAAAGCUCCACUGAGUUUUAGCUUUUUAUUUCAAAAUGUUUUGCAAUUAAAUGAAUUACUGUUCA